AUGGGAGAUGUCUUUUUGUGUAAGGAAGUGGAAUCACCAAAGAAGAAUUUGAGAGAAUCCAAAGAAAGCGACAAAGAUGAUGAAGAUCCAGAUCUGAUCUUUGUUGGGGUGGAACAUGUACAUAAAGAUGCUGAAAUUCUCUUUGUCGGGAUGAUUUCAAAUUCAAAACCAGUCGUUUCAAACAUUUUGAACAGAGUCACCCCAGGCUCAAAUUCAAGAAGAAGAAAAGGCCACUUCCGUCAAGAUCCUGCUCACGUGUGGCAACCUGCAAAUCAUGUGACCUCUAUGGCAAAAACCAUCAGGCCAGUUUCUCCAUCUGAGGGGAGAUCUACAGAUAGUCCUGUCACUACGAUGUCUUCACCUGAACCUGCUUAUAAAAUGGGCUCACCACACGUUGUUUCUCCCAAUUCCUCAGAUUCUCUCCCUCCAGGGACUCAGCAUCUAGUUGGAGCUAUGUUCCCUGGAGGAGGCAGAAGUGAGAGUUCUCCUGAUUCCAAGCGACUUUCCACUUCAGAUAUAAACAGCAGAAAUUCCAAAAGGGUUAAACUCAGGGAUGAAAUCCCAGGGGUACAUUCUUUAGCUGUGGUCCCUUCAGAUAGCUCUUCUAUAAUAAGCACAAAUACACCCUCACAGGGGGUCUGCAACUCAUCAAACCACGUUCAGAAUGGAGCAACAUUUCCUUGGGCUGAUGCUAAUGGAACAGCACAUUUCAAUCUUAGGAAUCCAGAGAGAGCAAAUGGGUCUGAUGGCCUGGUAAUAACAGACAUUUCAAGUCUAGCAAGUCAAAAGAAGACCUUUGAUCCCAGGAAAGAAAAUCCCAUCGUGUUACUUAGCGACUUUUACUAUGGACAGCAUAAAGGAGAUGGGCAGCCAGAACAGAAGACUCACACCACCUUUAAAUGCCUCAGUUGCGUGAAAGUUCUAAAAAAUAUUAAGUUUAUGAAUCACAUGAAGCAUCAUUUGGAGUUUGAGAAGCAGAGGAACGACAGUUGGGAAGACCACACCACCUGCCAGCACUGCCACCGGCAGUUUCCCACUCCCUUCCAGCUACAGUGUCACAUUGACAGUGUGCACAUCGCCAUGGGGCCCUCUGCUGUCUGUAAGAUCUGUGAAUUGUCAUUCGAAACAGAUCAGGUCCUCUUACAACACAUGAAGGACCAUCAUAAGCCUGGCGAAAUGCCCUAUGUGUGCCAGGUUUGCCAUUACAGAUCGUCGGUCUUUGCUGAUGUGGAAACACAUUUUAGAACGUGCCAUGAAAACACAAAGUAUUUGCUUUGUCUGUUUUGUCUCAAACUUUUCAAAACUGCGAUACCAUACAUGAAUCAUUGCUGGAGGCACAGCAGAAGGAGAGUCCUUCGAUGUUCCAAGUGCCGACUACAGUUUUUGACGUUGAAGGAGGAAACAGAGCACAAAACCAAGAACCAUCAAACAUUUAAAAAGCCGGAGCAACUGCAAGGGUUGCCUCGUGAAACGAAAGUUAUUAUUCAGGCUUCAGUUCAGCCAGGAUCAAGUGGUGUGGCUUCCAUUAUUGUGAGUGACACUGACCCUCCGCCUUCACCUGUAAAAACUAAAACGAUGGCUAUGAACACUGGAGAUUCCAGACUCCCUUGCAGCAAGGAU